UUUUCUUCUAUUCAGUUGGGUCACCUUGUAAUGGAAGAAAGUGGAGCUGACCAUGGCAUUGCUAUGGAAGGAUCUAACGAUUUGUUCAUAGGCAGCUGUCAUGGUACAGAAGACUCAGAAACAAACGAUCAGGUUUUUCAGCAACUAACGUGCAUGGAUUCCAGGGAUCCGUUGUUUGGCCAGAACGACUCUCCCACAGCCCUGCCCAUCACAGUGCCUCUCUCGGGCAGUUCUCCACCAUUGGCUGUGCCGGCGCGGCCGCCCCAGCCACGGUCCCAUUGUGCAGAGGAAUUCCAGCUGGCAGAGCAGCCCAGGCAGCCCCUCUGUGAGCUGCAGCCCCUGGGAGGGCCCAGUGCACCCAUGAUGAUUGUUGCCAGCCAGUCAGAAAAUGGACAGGUGCUGCAUGUCAUUCCUUCUGCCCAGCCAGGAGUGACCCAAGUGAUUAUUCCCCCAGGUCAGCUUCUGGAUGUGACCAGCACGCAGGAUAUUUCGGAAGAGAAGUGUGGUGAUGGGAAUCUGCAGACUGUGGUGGUGGCUUCUAUAGCAGACAGUGCAAGCAGUUACAUUCUACAUCCACAGGCAUCUCUCACUGUAUCGAAAAAAACAACUACCAGGGUAGUGGAAAAUCCUUUUCCUAUCCCUCUUCAACCAUUGCCACUAAACACACCUGCAUGGGCGCGCCGUCUCAGGAGCUGUGAGAGAAUUGGGGACUCGUACCGCGGCUAUUGUGUGAGCGAGACAGAGUUAGAGAGUGUUCUCACGCUACACAAGCAGCAAACACAAAGUGUGUGGGGGACGCGCCAGUCUCCAAGCCCAGCCAAACCUGCCACACGGUUGAUGUGGAAAUCUCAGUAUGUCCCAUAUGAUGGGAUCCCCUUUGUCAAUGCAGGAAGCAGAGCCAUUGUAAUGGAGUGCCAAUAUGGGCCAAGGAGGAAAGGAUUUCAGCCUAAAAAAGCUGGUGAGCAGGAAAGCACCUCUGGCCAGCUGUACAAAGCCACUUGUCCGGCAAGGAUCUAUAUUAAAAAGGUUCAAAAGUUUCCGGAAUACAGGGUUCCUACUGACCCUAAAAUUGACAAGAAAAUCAUAAGAAUGGAGCAGGAGAAAGCAUUCAACAUGCUGAAGAAAAACUUGAUAGAUGCUGGAGGAGUCCUCAGGUGGUAUGUACAGUUACCUACUCAGCAAGCCCACCAAUAUCAUGAAAUGGAAAUUUCCUGCCUCCCUCCUUCGCCCUCCCAUUUUUCUGUGUCUUCUGAGGAGGAGGAGGAAGUUGUUAGAGAUGAGAACAGUACUCUACCUUCUCGACUUCAUCCUCAAGUGGCAGACAAGAUCCGAGAACUGGUGUCUCAGGGAAUAGAGCAGGUCUAUGCAGUGAGGAAGCAGCUAAGAAAGUAUGUGGAAAGAGAAUUAUUCACGCCUGAUGAAGUGCCAGAAAGACAUAACCUGUCCUUCUUCCCCACUGUGAAUGACAUCAAGAACCACAUUCAUGAAGUGCAGAAGUCCCUAAGGAAUGGAGAGAUGGUGUAUAAUUCAGAAAGUAUCCCAGCAACGCUGCAAUGGACCACAGACAGUGGGAAUGUCCUCACAGAAACAGUGACUGUUGCGUUUGCCUCACCGCCUUCAGAUGAACAUGAAGCAUUCCAAACUACCCCUCAAAACCACCAUGCCCAGAGCCUGAAAGGAUCACUUACCUCUGAGAGUACUCCAGAUAACUGUCAAGAGACCAGAGCAGAGAGCAGAAGAGGAAGAGAAGUUUGCAAAAAGCUGCUUGCAGGAGAUAGAAAGUUCUCAAAGUUACAGCUCAAGAUUGCAAUUUCUUAUGGCUGAAAUGGCUCAGUUUAGAUGUGCACUAGUUAUCUUCUGAAUGCAAACUGGUCUGACAACUCCAUGUUUUUGGCUGUUGACAAAGCUGUUAUCACAUCUGAGGUGUUCUGUACAUGGAAGGAGAUGGAGGAAGUGGGAACCUUCUUGACCUUACUUCUACUGAGAACAGAUAAUCUGUGGAAAGAGGGCUUUACCAGUUUAAAAUCAAUAUCCUCACAAUAAUUUGGUGGGUGUGCAGGUUUUUCAUGUUAGGUGCUAGUGUAGGUCUAACUUUGUAUAUAAUACAAGCCAUAAAAUUACCUCUCACUGGCCUAGCCUUAUUUUUUGUUGUCUCGUACCACUCGUACUCAUGCUUAUUGCUUUUUGGGAGUGGGGAAAUCGUUUUAACAUGUUCUCAUUUUCCACUUUUCUGCUUUUCUUCUGUUGCUUCUUUCUCAUACCCAGAGCAGCACAGAAACAAAUUUCUGAUCUUAAAAAACUUCUCUAUCCUCAGUUUCCCAUGUUUUGGAGUUUAAUUUCCUCUCUGCUUUAUUGUGCUGGAGUUUGAUUUCUUACAUGACUGAACUGUAAGAUAUCAUUGUGUUUUGCUUAAGGAGUGGGAAAUACUGGGGUGAGCUCCACUGCCCCUUUCACUCCAGAAGUCCUCAGAGGAAGCACCUGCCACAGGUUCUGCUCCUGCACCUGCAUCUCCACACAGGCCAGCACAACUGCAGAACUGUGCUGAUGAGAGCAGUGUCUUGCACUUUGUGUACCAGCACAUUAUCAGUACAAAGUUACUGUUGUGAAUCCAGAUCAGUCUGUGGGUCUGCCCCACUGUGUCCCCACAAAUGACUCUUCGGGCACAAGAAAGAGAGCACAGGAGAUGGCCCCAGGAAGUUCUUAAUGUCCAGCUUUUAGUUUGUGCUUUUGUAUUGAGUUCAGGUGCCCUGGUGUGGGUGGCCCUGUGCAGGACACAGCUGGUUCCAGGCAGCUCUGCAGUGGACCCACAACAGGACACAGCUGAGCAUGUCAGUGAUGCUGGGGGCACCUCUGUGGAGGUGUCUGUAUGAAUGGGCAAAAUGCUGCAUGGCAGAGAGGAGUGAGGAAGAAGGUGAAACAGUCCUCUGAGCACCAAAGUCAGAGAAGAAGGAGAGGGAGGAGUUGCCUCAGGUGCUGGAGCAGGUAUUUUCCCUGCAGACCACAGAGGAUCACAUGCCAGAGCAGGUGCAGAUUUUCCUGAAGGAACUGCAGUCCAUGAAGAGGAGCCAUGCCAGAACAGGCUUCUGCUGAAGGACUGUGGCCUGUGGAGAGGACACGUGAUGGAGCGAUAGGAAGAAGCUGUUACAGACUGACCCUACUUUGCCCUGUGCUGCCUUGGACAAGGGGAGACAGAGAAUUUGGGGGUUCAAAGUGUGAAGCUGAGUCUGAGGAAAGAAGGCAACAUGAAGGGAAUGUGCUUUUUUAAUUUUCCUUUGUUUCUCAGUGAUGUAAUCUGUUUUAAUUGGCAAUAAAUUAGUUUUCCUCAUAUUGAUUCAAAUACUGAAAUUUACAUCUGGAUGCAAGUCAUGGUAGAAAAUCCUGAUUUCUGUUUGAUCACUGCAAGUCACUAUUGCCUUCAAUUUUUUAAGUAAGACAAAAAAUUGAUCAAAUUUUGAUUUUUAAGAAUUCAUUCUGUGUGUAGGAAGUAGUUUACCAUGUCUGAAUCAGGAGUUGCAUUUCUGGAUGUAUUCUGGUUAGGCCUUUCAAGUUCAGCUUACUCACCUCUUCACUAGAGUAGCUCUGAGCUGGAGAAUUAACUCAGGAACAUGUGUAAUCCAUUACAUUUCAGCUGGAAAAGAAUACGAGCCAUAUCUUUACAGCUUUGAGCAUGGGAGAAUUAUUCUGAGGCAAGGGUGCUGUAGCAGUAGAUUCUACUUUAUCUACUUUGGUAAAGCUGUUCUUACAGGUGUUAAGGGUGUGGCAUCUUCCUGGUGUUACGUCUUGCAGUGCUUCAGAGUGGGGCAAGGUUUGCAGUGAGUGGCAUCUUUGGUGAAAGUGCUGUUAACUUUGGGAAAAGAAAUACACAGAGUUUGGGAAUGAGAUUUAUAUUCUUGUGCGUUUCAGAGAUUAUUUUCCUGAAUAAGAAGGGAACUUCCUUGAGAGGGUAAGUUUUAUAUCUAUGUUCUUACACCACCUUUGGAAAAUACCUGGCACUGGACACCAAGGGCAUCUAGACAGGGUACUAGGUGACAUGACACACUGGUUUAUACUGGGGGCUCUGUUUGGAAUACAAAAUUGAUGGAUAGCUUCCUAACGUUAGCUAAAUUAAUCUCUUUUUUUUUCUUCCGCUCUCUUCACAUCUCACCAUAAAGAAAAAAAAGGAACAUGGUGAAUUGUUAGUUGUCCAUAAAACUGUUUAUGAAGAGUUGGGCGAAAAGGACUUCUUUGAUAAUUAGAUGAGCUUCAGAAAGAAUUGCACUGUCAUUGUAACUUCAUCAAGUAAUUUCUUCCAAUGAUAUCACUCACUGUUGAUUAUUGUCUUACUGUUUAUUUGCUGUAUAAUUUAUUCAUUAAACUUCUCUGGCCAUGUCAGAAAAGAAAUAAUAGAAAUAAUACAUAUGGCAAUUCUCUUUUCUCUGGAAGUUUUAUAAAAAGGAAAGGAAUUCCUCAUUUUGCAUUUAGCCACCAGCUGCUCUGGAAAAGUCCAUGAUUAUCCGUGUUCCAUAACUACCAAAAAGUCUUUUGUGCUGAAGUACUCCAUAAUCUUGUGAUUUUUCCUUGGAUCAGGCAGAGUGAAUCUGACAUCUUUAAAAAAAAAAAAAGGCAGACUACACUGGAACCAAAUUUAGCAUCUUUAGGAGCUGUGACCUAGGGUUCAUCAGUUGCAAUUGUAAAAAGAUUGAUGUUUUCAUAGUGAAAUGUUUUCAUUCAUCUAGUUUAAUCCAUGAACAAAAGUGUCUCCUCUUAUUUCAGACUUCUGAACUCCUUUGCAGAAUGAGGGAUCACUAGUGAGAUUAGCUAGUAACUGCAAAAAUGGAAAAGUUUCCCUGUGGACAGGUGCUAACAAAAUGUACCAUAAAGUCAGCCAGCAUCAUUAACAUUAGUAAGGUAAGAUCUUCCAGAGAUUAACCACAGGCUAAUACUUUUGGUCGUGCACUGAUGUUUAUUCUGAUCUUGCAAACAAAAAUAAUGUUUAUGAGCCAUUGCAGAAAUAACUGGGAAAUAAAGCACUUUGUAAAACGUCA